AUGAUUUAUGGCAAUUUAAUGAGUAUUCAAGUUUAGAAUUUUAAAUAAGGAAGAUUAAAAUUAUCUAAUAAAUAUGAAGUACAUACUGAUGCUGUAACAUGUUUAGUGUACAGUAAAUUCAGAAAUAGCUUUGUAUCUGGUUCACAGGAUAACACAAUCAUUUGUUUGGUAAUAAGUAAUCAAAAAAUUGGAAGAACUCAGAAUAAUUUAAACACCAUAGUAAUCGUGUUUAUUGUAUAAUUUUAAAUUAAAGGAGGAUUAACUAAUAUCAGGUAGUAUGAUAAAUCAUUAACAGUUUAGAAAUUAGAUUUUAGGAAUAAUCUUUUUUUGUAUUCCUUAAAUCGAAAUUUAAACAAUGUAUGGUCAUUUAAUUUUAAUGAAGCAGAAACUGUAUUGGUAUCAUGUGAAUAUGAUGAAUUUAAUAUGGGAAAAAGGACUAUUAGGAAAAGGGGAAUCUAAAUAUAAAAUAUAGUAAACUUAAUAUUAAUAUUUAUUGAAAACAUUAAUUGAAUUUUCAAUAAUAUGUAAUUUAAAAAAACAAAUUCAAUAUUUUUAAUUAAAAUAUAGUAUUUCAAUUUUUUCAUAUAUAAAUAAAAAGUUAAAGAUGAGGGAUAUAAAUCUAAUUUAAUUAAUGAUCAACAAUUUAUUUUGGUAACUAGUUCAAAAAAUAUUGAUGGUAUAUUAGUGUUUGAAUAAUAGAAUGGAAUUUUUAAAUUAAAUUCGACCAAAACUAUCAAAUUAAUUUAGAAUAAUCAAAAUCAAGAUUAAUUUUAUUUUCCAAUAAUAUAUAAUAAAAAUAGAAAAAUGAUAUUGCUAAGAAAUAAAAAUAAUAUCUAUUUGAUUAAAAAAUUAAAUGAUGUCGCUUUUAAGAUUGUUGCAUCGUUAAAAUGUAAAAGUGAAAAGAUUUUUGGAACGAUGGUAAAUAAUUAGUAGUUUAUGAAGGUGAAGAAUUAAAAUAACUAUCAUAUGAGAUAUUGA